CCGGCUUUUGCGUCAAGAUCAGAAAUAAACUGAACAGGAAGAGGAAGUUUUCACCUGCUGUAGUUCAGUCUUAUGCUCAGUUAGCAGCAAGACACCAUGGAGGCUACAUCUCUCUGCUUCAGACUGUUGAUGCUUGAAUUCUUUCUGGUGGAGACAAAAGCUCAGAAUCAUACUCAAAGUGAUGCAGUUUUUCUUCGUAUCACUCCAGACAGACUGCAGCACUUUGGAUAUGAGUCUGUCUCUUUUCAUUGUGAGGGGACUGAUGGUUCCACUCGAUUGAGAGGGAUCAGGAACAGAGAGGAAUUUCAGCCGGUAUGUGACAUUACGAGGACGCCAACAGGAUCUUGCACCAUUAAACGAGCCUAUCCAGGAGACAGUGGAGAAUACUGGUGUGAGACUGAUGGAGGAGAGAGAAGCAACAGUGCCAACAUCACUGUCACUGCUGGUCCUGUGAUCCUGGAGAGUCCUGCUCUUCCUGUUUUGGUGGGACAAAAUGUGGUUCUGCGCUGCAGACACAAGACAACUUCCACCAACACCAAAGCUGUUUUCUACAAAGAUGACGUCCUCAUUGAGAGCAGUCCUGCUGAUGAGAUGCCAAUUAACAAUGUUUCCAAGUCUGAUGAAGGCGUCUACAAGUGCAGCAUCCCUGGUGUUGGAGCGUCACCAGGAAGCUGGCUGGCUGUGAGAGGUGAGACAUGAUAGUGUUACAAAGCUAAAGAUGAUAUUGUGCUAGUUGAAUGGCCAGGAUGGGAGCAGACUAGUCAUGAUGAUGGCACCUUUCCUAUGAAAGGUUCAGUUGUCUGGAGUUUGAUAGACAUUUUGUCAGACACUUGACCAGUGUUGAAAACAUUGUGACCGUUAGCGAGUUAAAUAUUUACCAAAUGCUUUACAGCCAUCUGGACUAACAUGACUUCACAGAGUUGAAAGGUGAAAGUUCAGUGACAGUUUCCUGUUGCAUUUUUUUAUUUAUUUAUGGCUGUUUGUUUUGCAGGUUUCAAAUUCUAUUUAAAAUCUAAAAUCUAAAAAGUUCAUGGGUGGAAUUUGUAAUCUUACAGCAAAUACAAUUUCUAUCAUCUCUCCAUCCCCUCCUGAAAAGACCCUCC